AAAUCAUUACCUUCUCCAUUCUUUGCUCACCAAAUCAUCAACGACGUAAAAACUUUAAAGAGCUAUCAUGGAAUCUGCCUCGUCUUUCACAUUUUUCAAACUAUAAAAUGUUCGCUGACUUUGAUGUUUUGUCACCAAUUCAGACCGAUCCGCCGCCCCAAUUGUUUGAACGUCAUGAACACGUCAUAAAACCAACCCAUUUAGAUCGUAUAGCAGAGAAUCAAACAAAACCAAUACCAACUAAUAAAUUUUAUGAAAACUUAAUAUUAGAUAGUGGACAAAAUCCUCUCUGGCCGUUGCCUUAUGGGUUGAGAUGGGAGCAAGGACAAAAUGGCGAUUUUUAUGGAUUCAGUGUUUCUCACGUUGAUGAUGAUAAGAAGGUUUUUGGACCAGACCCAAAUCAAGAUCCUACAAGAUUUUACUAUAGUUUAUACACCCCAACUAUCGUAUUCUCGGCCAAAGAACUUGGAAGUGACCAUGAGCUAGGAUUAUCGGAUAUAUCAGGAUUCUCUUCAACCAUCAACCUGUUUCCUCAUGGUAACACCAGCUCUUAUAUCUCCUUUCCGGUCUCCCGUGGAAUGUCAUUUAUCACAGCAGAAUAUAAAGACUUAACUCCGUUAUUCCAUUCAGAAUCGGGAUUUAAAACAAUAGAGUUACCACAGAAAAUUGCUAAUGGAUAUACUAAAUGGAAGAUCCUUUUAAAUGAUGAUAGUAUGUGGUUGUUGUAUGCUAAUGGAAACUUGACAUUGGCAAGCUCAUCGAACCAAUUGGAAGCUACCUCAGGACAAUAUUCAGGGAUUAUUCAAGUGACUAAAGUGCCCGCUGGAAAUCAGGAAGCCGAAUCG